AUGGGCUCGUGUGAGCAGGAUCGGCAGCAGCAGUACUGCAGAAUUGGACGCCACUUGCUUGCAUGUGAUACAACGGCAGCAGAAGGAGCACCAUCUGACGCUCAACUGAUUCAAUGGUCCUUUUUGUCUUUAUCGCUUCCAUGCUCCUGCUGCAGCGCGCCCCCUCCUUCGGAGCUGCUGCUGCCUCUGGCAUGCAGCAGCAAGAAUUUUGCCGCACUGAAGCUGCAGCCACAGGACCUUGUGGCUGCUACAUUUUCGUGCUGUGUUCAACAGCUGAAGCGGGAUAAGGCCCUUCCACUCAAUCCAAACCGCAUGUGGAAGCCCGUUAGAAAGAGAAUAUACAAGCACGCCUGCUGGGAGUACGCCAACGCGCUGGUCCAGUAUCAACGGCAACAACAAGAGGAGCAACAAAGCGGCAGUCUGUGCAAUGAAGCAGUAAGGCAGCAACUUGACACGGUUACAGGAGCCUCAGCAGAGGCGACAGCAACUUCUGGGGUCGUCGCUACUGCUGCGGAUUUGGCAGCCAAAGGAAUCGACGUAGCCGCUUUGCAGCAGCUGCUGAUUCGCGAUCUCUGUGGCCGUUUUUUUGUGUGGUUUUAUUUCGAUGCUGUGAGGAAGGUCCUUGCUGCUCCAUGCAGCGGCAACAGCGGCACCAGCAGCGGCAGGAGGGGCAACAAAAGCGGAAGCGUGCCUGUGACGGCUGAUUGGAUUGACUGCGCAUAUGCCGCGUUGCUGCAGGCUCCGACUUGGCGCUUUGCUGCGUACAUUCCCUUUUGCUGCUCACCACACCCUGAUGAUGCAGCUGCUGGUGCAGCUGCGGCUGCCGCGUUCGUUGCACAACAGCCCCCAUCGCAGGAACAGGAAGAAGUGGCAAGCGCCCCUGUGCAGCAAUUUGCGGAGAUGCUCGACCUUGAAAUGCUUUUAAAUCCUGAAGACAGCAGUAGCGUCUCGGGAGAAGAAGCAGAACCCCAGCCAGGCUCGGCAGCGACAGCUGCAGCCGGGGAUGCAGCAUCACCUACCCGAGAGAUGCCAGCAAUGCCCAUCGAGGCAACGGUGGCAUCAGCAGCGGCACUUUCCGUUGUAUUAUCACCUGCUUGCGGCCAGCAGAAAUCGGUUUCUGACUGCGCUACUAUCCCGAGUCAGCACACAGCUCGCGCAUCGACAGCAACAGUAGCAGCAACUGCGAUGAGAGCAAAGGCACCAGCAACAAGCGGCAGAGGCCGUCCUUCAAGCGAGUCGAGGGUCCUGGGAAUGCAAGCAGCAGUCAAACCAGGACCCUUCCAUCACGCAACAAGAGCAGCCGUUCCCUUUGCAGUCCGAACAGAUGGAAGUCGAGGGGGUGAGGGCACUGGAGCAACAGCAACAGCAACAGCAACAGCAACAGCAACAGCAACAGCGACAGCAACAGCGACAGCAACAGCAGCCGCCUGUUCAGCAUCAGGCACAAAAUUCGCAGCAACACGCUUCAACGGGUGUAAACUCUGGCCACACUGCACCGUCCAUGCCGGCAGAAGGUUAAAUUUGAAGGCUCGUAGGGGUUUGCAUAUAGGUUCACAGCAAGGCUUGUCUAGAGAGGAAGGGCCCCUCGCAUUUGAGUCCGCACUUUUCAUAUGCUGGUGGGCUGCUACUCCCUCUGGAAGCUCCCCAGUAGCAGCACGUUUGCCUAUGAGCGUAGGCAAAGCGCAUCAUCAGUGCACGCCGUACUACCCAUGGAGGGGAGGAAGGGCAUCGGGCUGUUCCUUAGGGGGCCAAUGCAUCCUCGGCGAGCAGUACGAAUCGGCCUUUGUUGCGAACUGCCCCUCUUUAAAUAAGGGCCUUGACGCCUGCCAUUUUCCUGGUGGUAGCGGAAAUGCGCUUAAAAGGGUCUAG